AUGUCUAAAGAGGAGGAAAGACAACUCGUCUCGAAUAGAUUCUUGACUUCCGAUACGGUUACCUUAAAAUCGCCAGGAUCAACGUGCACGUCCAAGAUUCACAAAGAUCUCCUGGAGUCCAAGUGUAAAAUCCUCCAUGCAGCAUUCACCAGUGGGUUUGCGGGGGGCCGGGAUGGAGUGUAUACCUGCUCAGACACGACUGACGGGACUCUUGCGCGGUUUGUUGAGUGGGCAUAUCGAGGCGACUAUCAGGCAUCAGUGAUCAGCAAGGAUCUGGUGCAGACUACGCUCAAAGCCUCCGAUGAUGCUGACGAGGACAAUGCAUCAUCAGCAGCCGCCAAUUUGAGCGAAAGCACGGAUGUGGAGCUUGACAACCAUCCUCUGCUGGCCCAUCUCGGCUUUAUAUUUUCAGCGACGCAUACCUCAAAGCUGAACCAAAGCAUUAUCGCUUCCUUGCGAGUCGCAUUCCUCAAGAUCCCGCUGAACGACAGUCUCGUGGACUGCCUGGCCCAUUAUGCGGCGUACAUUGUCAAUCAACUUCGACUUCAGCCUUCUUUUCACGAUCUUUCUGAAGCCGCUCCUGCCCUGUGCUCGCGCUGA